AUGAAUGCAGCUUUGGAUCCUUUCAAGCCUUUCUCUGCAGAGCUACAUGUCAUCAGGCGGCUCAACUCCAGUCUGUAUCGGACUGGUGGUAGAACUGGACUGGAACCUGGAUGUGCAAACUCUCCUGCUCAGCAUGUCACCCUGGCUCCAUCACGAAACGAUGUCACCCUGCUGGAUCCUUGCUGUGGUCACCUGAGCGCUGGAGCGGAGGUGGACGUGGGGGUCAAAGGUCGACAGAAAUUCAUAGAUUUCCAUCAUGUGGCCUCUGCUCUGUGGGUCCCUCCAGGUUUCAGAGAGAGGCCACAAACAGCCCCAAACCCCUCUGGUGUCUGUUUGGACCUGAGCGAGGACAAGGCUUGGAACUCCAGGAGGAUCCCUGAUGCUGUCUGGAAAGCGAGACUCAGUGAUGUCGUGCAGCAAGGAAACAAAUGCUGUCACAGUGUACUGGAGUACUCCUGCAGCAUGGUGAGAGGGGAGUGGGAGGAACGAGGGGUCAACAGGGGCCCGUGGCUGAUUUUUGCCCCAGGGCCUCCUCGCAGGGAUGGCUUCUCCUCUGACCUGAACCGGUGGACACACGACUCACAGGCAGUUCAACGCUUCAGAUACACAUCUACAACCCAGAGGAGCUAUGAGGAAGUUGGUUGGGAUUCAAAGUUACCCCGACGCUUGAAGGCACCUGGAACAACCCUGGAGAAAAUGGCUGACCCAGUGUGUGAGCGUCCCUCAUCAAGGCGCUACAAUAGCCUACCUCAGCUGUGGCAGUCUGUUGGAGCUGAGUGGAACAGGCAGCGGCUUCGAUCGAGGAAUGAUGCCAAGAAACCCAUUUCAUUCUGCAGCGGAUGUCCAAGGUCAGGCCAAAUCCCUCUGUACACUGGCACAAUCGGCUCAGAGAACAUGGAUAACAUUGACAACAUGGAUGAAGACUUUCAUCCACUGACCCUGAAGAGGAGCAUCAUGCCCCCAUACACGCCCACAGCACACCGAACCACCAUCCCCGGUUAUACAGGCAAGGCUGCCCAUGUUAACUGUGGUGCUGAUGCUGCAGUCUCUGUCCCAGCUAGCUCCAGUCCUGCACACUCCUCUGGGUGA